UUCGCAUGAAACAUAGUUGUUUUGCACUUUACAGUACACUAUAAAACUGCAAAGUACAGAAAGAACAUAUUAUUAUUCAUUUUGUGCUUGAGCUUAUAUUUUAAUAAAAUGUACAAGUUCGCUAUAUUUUUGAUUAUAUCGUGUUUCUUAGUUGUUAACUCUGUACAGGGUGCAUCGAACCAGGACAAGGUUAUACAAGAAGCUUUCGAUUACUGCCUUGCUAAAACCGAAUUGCCUACUAUGAAAACUCUUACACUAAAAAUAUUUUUCUCGUUUGUGGGAGAAAAUAAAACUAAUAGAAAAACUGUAUCAAAUACUGACUUUGGGAAGCUUCCAAUGAAUCAACAAAACGCUAUGAAUCAGGAACAGUUUAAAGACCUUGUAAUAGCAGUUAGCAAAUCACAUAAUGGUGGCGACGUUGUUGAGUUUUUAACGACGAAAAUGGUAUAAUGCUAAAUUGAACUGGAUCGACAGAAUAAAUUCUAAAAUACUACCUAAUCAUAUUCUAAAAAUUAAUCAGCUAAUUGUCGUACCAUAAUGUUUACAUUUAAUAUAAUAUUAUUAUAAUUUUUUGUCUUAAGCUUUAAGAAAUCAAUAACAAUUCUGUAAUAUCCGUAAAAUGUUUUAACAUAUUGUAAUAAAAUGUAUUAAAAAGUGUAAA